GGUCGCGCAGGGGAAGGCAGCACUGAGGUGGGGAGGGUGGCUGCGCAGCUUACUGAGAAAAAGGGAUCAGACAGGAAUCUCCAAUUUAUUUCUUGCUGAGAGUUCUGUCUGGUAAAAGCCAUGUCAUCCAUAUUGCCAUUCACUCCACCAGUUGUGAAAAGACUUCUGGGGUGGAAAAAAACUGCUGGUGGCUCUGGAGGGGCUGGUGGUGGUGAGCAGAAUGGUCAAGAGGAAAAGUGGUGUGAAAAAGCAGUGAAAAGCUUGGUCAAGAAAUUAAAGAAAACAGGACAGCUGGAUGAGCUUGAGAAGGCAAUUACCACUCAGAAUUGCAAUACAAAAUGUGUGACAAUACCAAGCACUUGCCCUGAAAUUUGGGGACUGAGUACACCAAACACGAUAGAUCAGUGGGAUACAACAGGCCUUUACAGCUUCUCUGAACAAACCAGAUCUCUUGAUGGCCGUCUGCAGGUAUCUCAUCGUAAAGGAUUACCACAUGUUAUUUACUGUCGUUUGUGGCGCUGGCCAGAUCUUCACAGCCACCAUGAACUUAAAGCAAUUGAAAAUUGUGAAUAUGCUUUUAAUCUUAAAAAGGAUGAAGUAUGUGUAAACCCUUACCACUACCAGAGAGUGGAGACACCAGUCUUGCCUCCCGUACUAGUGCCACGGCACACUGAGAUUCUAACAGAACUUCCGCCUCUGGAUGACUACACCCAUUCCAUUCCUGAAAACACUAACUUUCCAGCUGGAAUUGAACCACAGAGCAAUUACAUACCAGAAACACCACCUCCAGGAUAUAUCAGCGAAGAUGGAGAAACAAGUGACCAACAGUUGAACCAAAGCAUGGAUACAGGAUCUCCAGCAGAGCUGUCUCCUAAUAAUCUUUCCCCAGUUAAUCAUAGCCUGGACUUGCAACCAGUUACUUACUCAGAGCCUGCGUUCUGGUGUUCAAUAGCAUAUUAUGAAUUGAAUCAAAGAGUGGGAGAAACCUUUCAUGCAUCGCAGCCUUCCCUGACCGUAGAUGGCUUUACAGAUCCAUCAAAUUCAGAACGAUUUUGUCUAGGUCUGCUUUCCAAUGUAAACAGAAAUGCUACAGUGGAAAUGACAAGGCGACAUAUAGGAAGGGGGGUACGUCUCUAUUACAUUGGUGGAGAAGUUUUUGCUGAGUGCCUAAGUGAUAGCGCAAUUUUUGUUCAGAGCCCAAACUGUAAUCAAAGAUAUGGCUGGCAUCCUGCAACUGUAUGCAAAAUUCCUCCAGGAUGCAAUCUAAAAAUCUUUAAUAACCAAGAAUUUGCUGCUCUUCUGGCUCAGUCUGUGAAUCAGGGUUUUGAAGCAGUUUAUCAACUUACUAGGAUGUGUACCAUAAGAAUGAGUUUUGUUAAAGGAUGGGGAGCUGAAUACAGGCGGCAAACAGUAACAAGCACUCCUUGCUGGAUUGAACUUCAUCUGAAUGGACCUCUACAAUGGUUGGACAAAGUAUUGACUCAGAUGGGCUCCCCUUCAGUACGCUGCUCCAGCAUGUCAUAAAACUCCUUCCUCCAUUACCAGUGGGAUAAAUAUCCAGUCCAAUUACUAGACUUAAUAUAACAGCUGUCAUAGUAUUUGUGUGUGAUCCCCAUAAACUGUUUACUAUCCAAAAA